GCGAGGGUGUGCCGCCUAAAAUAACGGAUAUGCUCUAUGCCGCCUGUGGUGGCACCCAGCGCGGUAUCUCCUUCAAGGAUCUGCUAUGUGGCUUAGUGCUCAUUACACGCGGAACACAGGAAGAGAAAACCAAAUUUCUCUGGAACUUGUACUGCAAUGAUGCGGGCACCUAUAUUAAUAAAUCGGACUAUGUGCGCAAUGUGAACUUGGCACCCUUCGAAAGCGUCUCGCUCUUUGCCCAAAGCGAACGCGCCAAUUUCGAGCAGUUUCAGGACUGGGUAACUAAACAUCGCAAUGCCACUGUGCUGUCCAAUUGGCUGCUAGCUGACAAUUGUGUCAGCCUCACCUCGGAGCUGGAGACACCCACCUUCUAUCAAAGUCUAGCCGGUGUUACACAUCUAGAGGAAAAGGACAUUGGCGAUUUAGAGAAGGAGUUCUGGCGUCUGAAAAACACCUCGCAGAAUGGCCAAAUCGAUUUACAGUUUCUGGGUCCUCUUAUAAGCCCGCCCAUACCAAAAAAUGCGCUCGCCGGUCUCUUCAAUGCCUUUGAUGAGAAUCGCGAUGGCCACAUCGACUUCAAGGAACUUUGCUGCGGCGUCAGCGCUGCCUGUCGUGGACCCGGAGUAGAACGCACGCGCUUUUGCUUUAAGAUUUUCGAUGUGGACCGUGAUGGGGUGCUGAGCCAUGAGGAGACCUUACAGAUGAUUAAUGUGUUACUGUUUGUGGCCAAAGAGAAUCGCGAUACGCAACAAUAUAGAGAACUAACCAAGCAGCAUGUCAUCAGCGAUUUGCUGGAGUUUGCGCAGCGGAAGAGCUGCGAUGGUUUGCCCAGCGCCUUGACGCGCGAUAAUGUCUCACUGACGGCGGAGGACUUCAUGCUUUGGAAUGUGCAGUGCAGCUUGCGCUUGAUGCAACCGUUGCUGGACCUCAUCUUUGAGCUGUGUCACAUUGUCUUUGGUCUAUGGCCGCAAUGCAAGCACAUGGAGUACGAUAUUGUGCGUGGUUGGCUGCAGCGUGAGGAACGACGUCCGUACCGCGUUGGACAAUUCUGGUAUCUUAUUUCACGCGACUGGUGGCUCAACUGGAUGCAGUACACCCAGCACACGGCGCAUACCUGUGAGUACUGUAAACGCACUGCGAGUCAACGCAGCGCUGUGGAUGAGGCGCUUGUCUGCGACGAAAGUUUCAAUACACACAGUCUGGAGCAGCAUGAUAGCUACUCCCUGGGCUCGGCUUCAAACUCUGGCAGCAGUGGCAUAUCCGCUGGCCGUCAUUGCGGGCAGCUGCGUCCUGGACCCAUAGACAAUAGCAAUCUGAUAACCGUCAAUACGCAACGAAAUAUACGCACGCUGACUGGUGAGGGGGGCCACUUGAAACGUGACACGCCGCUCGUGCAGAGUCACGACUUUGAACUGGUGCCCAAGUCGCUGUGGAAAGCGCUUAAUCGUUGGUACGGCGACAAUCUUCCGCUGCCACGUCAGGUGAUACAACCGCCCAACUCGGAGGUCGAACUGGAGCUCUAUCCACUAUAUCUGCGCAUACUGCUGCACCAAGCGCAGACAACAUCCAACGCUGCAGGCGGCAGCAAUCAGUUCAACAGCUGGAGCUCCACAGGAAGCGGUGGAUACGGUGUGCUGGCCUCUGGUGGCGGCUAUGCGGCCAUUGCUGCUAGCAGUGUGCUGCAGCCACCAAAGCGUUACCUGGCCUACACUGCGGCCUUUAGUCGACUGGCCACGGUGCGUCAGGUGGGCGAGUUUCUGUGCGAGCAGUUGCGUCUGAAGCCGGAAGAUAUUAGACUGUGGCAUGUGCCAUCGUCAAGUGCCACGCUGGAUAACAGUGCCAUAUUGCUGGAGGAGGAUGCCAUGUGCCUGAAAGAGCUGUUGAUACGCGACAACGAUCAGCUGCUGCUGGAGAUACGGAACAAGGAUCUCACCUGGCCCGAAGAGCUUGGCUCGUUGGCCAGCGCUCAAAGCGGUCAAGUGGGCGCCAACAGCAACGAUCGACGACGUCUAACGCGCAGCUCCAUUAUGUCCGUGCAUGCACCUGGUGCUACGGGUCUGCACAAUCUGGGAAACACCUGCUUCAUGAAUGCCGCACUCCAGGUGCUCUUCAAUACGCAGCCCCUGGCGCAGUAUUUCCAUCGUCAGAUGCAUCGCUUUGAGCUGAACACGGCCAACAAACUUGGCACGCGCGGUCAGCUGGCCAUGCGCUAUGCUGAGCUGCUCAAGGAGAUCUGGACGGCCACAACGCGCUCCGUGGCGCCGCUCAAGCUCCGCUUCUGUGUCAACAAGCAUGCACCGCAGUUUGCCGGUGGUGGACAGCAUGACUCGCAGGAGCUGCUGGAGUGGCUGCUGGACGCGCUGCAUGAAGACCUCAAUCGCGUUACAGAGAAGCCCUACAGCGAGCUAAAGGACUCGAAUGGGCGACCCGAUAAGAUAGUAGCCGCCGAGGCCUGGUCACAACAUCAUGCACGCAAUCAGUCCAUCAUUAUAGAUCUAUUCUAUGGCCAGCUGAAGUCCAAGGUGAGCUGUCUGGCCUGCGGUCACGAGUCUGUUCGCUUUGAUCCCUUCAGCCUGCUCAGCUUGCCGCUGCCCGUGGAGAACUAUGUGUACCUGGAGGUGUUAGUAAUCCUCUUGGAUGGCAGCGUGCCCAUCAAAUAUGGUCUGCGUUUGAACUCGGAGUGCAAGUAUACGGAUCUUAAGCAUAAGCUGGCCACACUUUGCGGACUGCAGCCGAGCUUAAUGCUUAUCUGCGAGCUGUGGAACUCACAGAUACGCCAGGUGCUGGCCGAUGAUGAGAAGCUGCGCACCCAAAGCGCCAAAGAGCUCCAUGUCUAUCAGUUGCCGGAGCAAAGUGGCGCACGCACGCGUUCGAACUCAGCGUUGAGCAUGCACAUUGAGCAGGGGCUCAAGGACAUACAGCGCAGCUCUGCCUUGAUAACGGCACAGGAUUCGCUCUCAUCGCUGAGCACGCUGCAGACUUCCAAUCGCACCGCGAGCUUAUCGCGUGCGCUCUGCAAUGGCCAUUUGAGCGAUGGCCAGGAUGUUGAAGCCGAGUUGACCAAGUACAAUAGCCAGGGACAGGGUCAAGUGCACGAAUUGCCGACAGAUGAUGCCGGAAAGGUAAGCCGGUGCUUUGGAAAGAGAGAGUGCAUGCCCCACAGUCUUUUUUGCUUCAAGGAGUCUUUAAUACUAAGCUGCAGUCCGGAGAACAAUUUCAUGGACGAUUCAGCUAAGCAGAAGCGCAUUUCCUCUACCAAACUGCUGCAUACGGAGAGCAACACCAGCUCCGCCUCGUACACAAAUCACUCUGGCGAGAACUCCAUGGAGAGUUCGCUGACCGAGCCCAUGCCAGUGGCAGAGUUGGCUGGCGAGGAAGGCGUCUGUUAUAGCCAAACUAAUAAACACUCCAGUGGCCUGAGCAGCGCACUCACAUUGGGCGCACAUAGUCUGGAGCGUCAGGCGACCAUCGAUAACGAUGACAAUGUGGUGGAAGAGCUGGCGGCUGAGGGCGAGGAGGAAGAAGAGGGCGAAGAGCCAGAUCAGCAGAUAACCACAUCGCAGCCAGAGAGCACGAGCGGUAAUCAAACCAGCAGCGGCGUCUACUCCCGUCGCUCCUCACAGCCCUACAAGGUGGGCAAAUACCUGGUGGCCGUGCAUCGCAAGAUCACCAGGCACGAUAGCUAUUUCCUCUCCUACCACAAAACGCGGCCCAGUCUGUUUGGUGUGCCAUUGCUUAUUCCCAACUCUGAGGGUGGCACCCACAAGGAUUUGUACUGUGCCGUCUGGCUGCAGGUCAGUCGGCUGCUGAGUCCGCUGCCCGCAACCACCGAACAAGCCAAUCAUGCUGCCGACUGCGAUGACAGUCUGGGAUAUGAUUUUCCUUUUACAUUGCGCGCCGUCAAGGCGGACGGUCUCACCUGCGCCAUUUGCCCCUGGUCAAGUUUCUGCCGCGGCUGCGAAAUACGCUGCAACAAUGACUACGUGCUGCAAGGCGCGCUGCCACCGAUCAAUGCAGCUACAACGCCACAAAUGAGCGUCAAAUGUCCCUCGUUGCCAAAUCUGGAGGCGAAGCGUGCACCAGAGUACACCGCAUCGCUAUCGUAUACGCCAACCACCAAAUAUUUUGAAGACUUUACCAUUGCCAUCGAUUGGGAUCCAACAGCAUUGCAUUUACGCUACCAAAGCACCUUGGAGCGUCUUUGGGUGGAUCAUGAUACAAUUGCCAUAUGCCGGCGUGAGCAAGUGGAGCCCGUCGAUUUGAAUCAUUGCCUGCGCGCCUUUACCUCCGAGGAGAAGCUGGAGCAGUGGUAUCACUGCAGUCACUGCAAGGGCAAAAAACCAGCCACCAAAAAGCUACAAAUCUGGAAGCUGCCACCCAUUUUGAUUGUGCACUUGAAGCGCUUCAAUUGUGUCAAUGGCAAGUGGGUCAAGUCACAAAAGGUGGUGCAUUUUCCCUUUGACGAUUUCGAUCCCACGCCGUACUUGGCAUCUGUGCCACAGGAGACUAUUUUGAGGCACAAAGAGCUGCUGGAGCUGCAACGCUUGCCAUGCAGCACUAGCGCCAGUGAUGUGGUCAACGAGCUGGAUGAAGUCGAUGCCAGUGACAAGACGCCUGCAGAGGCGAACGAGCAGCUGACUGUCGCUCUGCAGCAGGAAACACCGCAAGUCGCUGUCGCACCCGCUAGCAAUGCCCUGCGGCAAUGCAAAUCGAGCAAUGCGGCCAAGCGACAACGUCUGAUAUCCACCAGUCUUACCAAAACGCCAAUUGUGGAUGGCGAGUUUGAGGAUUAUCAUCAGCAUAAGCUCAAAGAUGAUACCGAUGAGUUUGAUCCCAAAUACAAACUAUACGCUGUGGUGUCCCACUCUGGCAUGCUCAAUGGUGGUCACUAUAUAUCCUAUGCAUCAAACACAACUGGCUCCUGGUAUUGUUACAACGACAGCUCGUGUCGCGAAAUAUCACAAAAGCCCAACAUUGAUCCCAGCGCUGCCUAUCUGCUGUUCUAUGAGCGUCAGGGCCUGGACUAUGAGCCCUAUCUGCCCAACAUUGAGGGACGUGCGUUGCCAAAUGCUUCCACCAUGCAGCUGGAAGUCGACGAAACGGAGGGUGAACUUAAAAAGAUGUGCACUAUAUCUUGAAUGCAUUAACUUGGGAAUCAAAGGCUAUGAUCGAGGGCUUCACUUCAAUCGCUUACUUAUAUUUGUGUGCAUGUGUGUGUGUGUGUGUGUGUGUAUGUGUGUGAGAGAAGAGUACGAGUGUGGAAUAUGUUUAUUAUGAUUAUUUUUUGUUCUGUUAUUUACUAUUUUAAGCUAAUUUGCUGUUCUAGUUAUUUAAGUUGCAUACAACGUUUUAGUUUAAGUUUGCGGGCAUUGUUAUAAGCAUUCGCACAUCAGCGUGGCAAUGUGAUUUUUUGUUUUAUAUACAACUACAUUUAUAUAAUAUGCUUAACAAAUAUGAACAUUGUUUCUGUGUAAUUCCAAACCAUAGCUCAAUCAGCUUGUUUGUUAAAUUUGUUUUCUCUUUUUUUUUUGCUUUUUAUAUAUAUAUAUACAUAAUCUACUUAUAGCAAUAGCUUGUAUAAAUUUAGCUCAUGUUUUGUUUGUUGUAAUCUGUAUUAGGCCGAUAAAGCCCGCUUGUAAUUAUGUUUAUAUAUUAUGUGCAGAUUCAGUUUAUUUUGUAAUAUUUGUAAAUAACUGCAAUUAGCUUGAUAUUAAUUUAGCAAUAUUCAUAUGGAAGGGUUUUUGAACGAAUUUCUAAAAAUACUUGCACGCCUUAUUAAGUUGGCAAUAUAUAGAUGAGGCACCGAAUCGGUUCUGAAAAUAAGUAUUGCGCCUGUCAAAUGACUU